UUUUGACUGUCAACGGGCAGCGGUUAGCUUCCCCUUUCCCCGUUUCGGGCAGCCUCCAGCCUACCUGCACGCCUUCACUCAUUCCUUUCACUCUUUCUCCUCCCCUUUUCCCCAUUUUCUCUAUCAUCUCUAGUGAGAGAAAGUCAUAUAUUUAGGAUUUCACUGUGUUAGAUAGGGAGGAGAGAGAAAGUAAUUUUUUUUGGUAGUGAGAGAAAGAAAAAGGUGUACAGAGCAAAAAGUUCUUGAAGUGUGAGAUUAUAUUGAAAAGGAGAGAAAAGUUGUGGAAAAGUAGCUCAGACUAAAUUAAACUCAGAAUGUUGAUUUUUGGGGGUUUAGUUUAGGCUCAAGAGAUCAAGAUUUCUUUCAAUUUUUCUGUUUUUUUUUUUGAAGUUUUUUUACUUGGUUAACAAGGGUGGAAUUGGGAAUUUUUCUUCAUUUGGGGUGUUAGGGUUUUUGAGCUUUUUUGUGAAUUUAGAAUGUUGGGUUUUUGGAUCUGAGGUGAGGUGAAAUAUACAAAGCGUCAUGUGGGUUGAGGUUUUAGCUUCUCUUUUGUAUCUUUCCCUCGCAUUCAAGUUCAUUUCUGCAAAUGUAGAAGGGGAUGCUCUUCAUAGUUUGAGGAGCAACUUAAAUGACCCUUAUAAUGUUUUGCAAAGCUGGGAUCCCACCCUUGUGAAUCCCUGUACAUGGUUUCAUGUCACUUGCAAUCCUGAUAACAGUGUAAUUAGAGUAGAUCUAGGAAAUGCUGCAUUGUCAGGUCAACUGGUGUCAGCUCUUGGGUCCCUUAAAAACCUUCAGUACUUGGAACUGUACAGUAACAAUAUCAGUGGGCCAAUACCUAGUGAGCUGGGUAAUCUGACAAAUUUGGUCAGUUUGGAUCUCUAUUUAAAUAGUUUCAGCGGUCCAAUUCCUGAGUCUUUGGGCAAGCUAUCAAAGUUGCGCUUUCUUCGGCUAAACAACAAUAGUCUGACAGGACAGAUUCCUAUGUCCCUGACAAAUAUCACCUCAUUGCAGGUUUUGGAUCUAUCAAACAAUCGUCUUGCUGGAGCUGUUCCAGACAAUGGUUCCUUUUCCUUGUUUACACCUAUAAGUUUUGCUAAUAACUUAAAUCUCUGUGGUCCUGUCACUGGGCGGCCAUGUCCUGGAUCCCCACCUUUUUCACCACCGCCUCCUUUCAUACCACCACCACCAAUAAAUUCUCAAGGUGGCGUCAGUACCACAGGAGCGAUUGCUGGAGGAGUGGCUGCCGGUGCUGCUUUACUGUUUGCUGCCCCUGCUAUAUUAUUUGCCUGGUGGCGGCGUAGGAAGCCCCAAGAAUACUUCUUUGAUGUGCCUGCCGAGGAGGAUCCUGAAGUUCAUCUGGGGCAGCUUAAAAGGUUCUCUUUACGAGAGCUGCAAGUUGCAACAGAUAGUUUUAGUAACAAAAACAUACUAGGGAGAGGAGGAUUUGGUAAGGUGUACAAAGGACGUCUUGCUGAUGGAUCAUUGGUUGCUGUAAAACGGCUGAAGGAAGAACGUACUCCUGGCGGUGAGCUGCAAUUUCAAACAGAAGUGGAGAUGAUCAGCAUGGCUGUGCAUCGAAAUUUGCUCAGACUGCGUGGAUUUUGCAUGACACCAACAGAGCGGCUGCUUGUUUACCCUUACAUGGCUAACGGGAGUGUUGCUUCCUGUUUACGAGAGCGUCCACCAAACGAACCACCACUGGAGUGGGCAGCUCGCAAAAGAAUAGCUUUAGGAUCUGCUAGAGGACUGUCGUAUUUGCAUGACCAUUGUGAUCCGAAGAUCAUUCAUCGAGAUGUAAAAGCUGCCAAUAUAUUAUUGGAUGAGGAGUUUGAAGCUGUUGUUGGUGACUUUGGUCUGGCUAGGCUAAUGGACUACAAGGACACUCAUGUGACAACAGCUGUUCGUGGCACCAUAGGACAUAUAGCUCCUGAAUACCUAUCUACUGGAAAGUCUUCAGAAAAAACAGAUGUUUUUGGGUAUGGUAUAAUGCUUCUUGAGUUGAUCACUGGACAGAGGGCUUUCGAUCUUGCUAGACUUGCUAACGAUGAUGAUGUCAUGUUGCUCGAUUGGGUGAAAGGACUACUUAAAGAAAAGAAAUUAGAAAUGCUUGUGGAUCCAGACCUUCAAACGAAUUACAUAGAGGGAGAAGUUGAACAGCUUAUACAAGUUGCACUUCUUUGCUCGCAAGGCAACCCAAUGGAUCGACCAAAAAUGUCAGAAGUAGUAAGGAUGCUUGAAGGUGAUGGGUUGGCGGAGAGGUGGGACGAAUGGCAGAAGGUGGAAGUUCUUCGACAAGAGGUGGAUUUGGCUCCUCACUCUAACUCUGAUUGGAUUGUUGAUUCUACUGACAAUCUACAUGCAGUCGAAUUAUCUGGUCCUAGAUGAAUUUCAUUUAAUCCUUUUUUUUUAAAAUUAUAUUUAUUAUUAUCUCUUUCAUCAUCUUUAGUCUUGUUCUUGUAACUGGUAAAAGUCACCCCUUGAGUGCCUCUUUUUUGGGCUUAAUAUUUAUUUAUUUGUGUAUACGGACAAUGAACAUGGAUUGGAAGGCAACUUCUCUACAAGUUAUGCGACUAAUUUUUGACCCA